AGGAGUCUAGUAACUGUCCCGGAUUGGAGGUUUUUGGAAAACUGAACCCACUCUCCUCCUCCUGAUUGGCUUCGGGCCGUUAAAGAGCUUCUACUUAGGACCUCAAGAAUUUGAGGGGGGGCUUUCAGGAAAUGCAGAUUUUGCUCAAGUAGAGACCCCUUUCGGGGACCUUCCACUGCGGAUGAAGUUCCAGGUGCAGAACACACAGGCUGUGGUAAAACAAUUAGCUCUAAAGGGAAUUUUUAUCCCUCCGGUUUCUAUCUUGGCCUCUGUCGGAGGGUAACCCUGCUUCUCCCACCCAACUUCUCCUUUGGGGCGGGGCCUAACCAGAUCAUUCCUCCCGGCCCUGGUCCUCGGAUAUCCUACCCACGCGCAGCACUUUGCCGUGAAAUGCACGCAGGCGGCCGAGACUAUGGGGGACAGGCUGGAAGCCUGGGACAGGUCGGGGACAUCUGCAAACGCCGGAGAAGAGGUGCCUGUUCCCCGCGUCUAUGCGCGCCGCUGGGUCUUCCUGCUGGCGGUCAGCCUUCUGAGCUGCUCCAACGCGAUGCUAUGGCUCAGCUUUGCACCUGUAGCAGACACCAUCGCUCAGCACUUCUUCCUGUCCAUGGAGCAGAUCAACUGGCUGUCACUAGUCUACCUUGUGGUAUCCAUCCCAUUUGGCAUGGCAGCCAUCUGGGUUCUGGACUCUGCUGGGCUCCGUGGAGCGACUAUCCUGGGUGCAUGGUUGAAUUUUGCUGGGAGUUUGCUACGUGCUGUGCCCUGCUUGGAUGUCAGGAUCCCCAGUCCAUUUGCCUUCUUCAUGAGUGGCCAGAGCCUCUGUGCCUUGGCCCAGACCCUGGUCAUCUCUUCUCCAGCCAAGCUGGCUGCCUUAUGGUUCCCAGAGCACCAGAGAGCCACAGCUAACAUGAUCGGCACUAUGUCAAAUCCUCUGGGCAUCCUUGUGGCAAAUGUGCUAUCUCCUGCCCUAGUCAAGAAGGCAGAAGACAUCCCCAUGAUGCUUGGUAUCUACAUUAUCCCUGCUGCCCUUGCCUGUCUCUUGGCCACUGCCUGCCUCUGGGAGAGUGUGCCUCCUAGCCCGCCAUCGACAGGGGCUGCCAGUUCCACUUCAGAGAGUUUCCUCCACGGCCUCAAACUGCUCAUCCAGAAUAAGGCCUAUGUCAUCCUGGCCAUAUGCUUCGGUGGUGGCAUUGGUAUCUUCUCCAGCUUCUCAGCCCUCCUGGAACAGAUCCUUUGUGCCAAUGGCUACUCCAAUGAGUUCUCAGGCCUCUGUGGGGCUCUCUUCAUCGUGUUUGGGAUUUUGGGGGCACUGCUUCUAGGCCUGUAUGUGGAUCGGACCAAGCACUUCACCGAAGCCACCAAGAUAGGCCUCUGUCUGACUUCCAUGACCUUCGUGGCCUUUGCUCUGGUGUCCCAGCUGCAGGGACAGACCUUUGCGUUGGCCGCCAUCUGCUCCCUCCUAGGGCUGUUUGGCUUCUCAGUGGCACCCGUGGUCAUGGAGUUGGCAGUUGAAUGCUCGUUUCCUGUGGGUGAAGGUGCCUCUGCUGGCUUGAUUUUUGUCCUGGGGCAGGCCGAGGGUGUGCUCAUCAUGCUGCUGCUGACGGCGCUGACCGUGAGGCGAACGGGCCCAUCCUUUUCUACCUGCCGGCAGGGCGAGGAGCCUCUAGACUGGACAGUGUCUCUGCUGCUGAUGGCUGGCCUGUGUACCGUUUUCACCUGCGUCUUGGUGCUCUUUUUCAACACCCCGUAUCGACGCCUGGAGGCCGAGUCUGGAGGGCCCCCUUCACCCAGGACAUGUGGCAGGGAGCCAACGAUAAUAAGCUCCACCCAAGUGCCACCACCCCUUGAGACUUCUGGCUUAACACCUCCAGCUGGGGCCUUGCAGGAAGCUCCUUGUCCUGCCCCUCUUCCCAAAGGACACUCAGAAUGGGCAGAGACAUCUGGUAAAGCAGAGACUUGCUAGGGUCUCUUUGUCUGUGCCUGUCACGCUAAAAACUCUAACAGGGACACAAAGUCUUUAGCAUACCUAGGGCAUGACAGGAUUGCCUUUUGGUCCUUAGGUAGACAAUGAUAGAUUGAAAAUAACUGCUGUUGUGUGGAUACUGGUCAGUUAGGGUAGACCCUGGCCAAGCCAGACUUGUGGUGGCUGUUGCAGGGAGUGUCUGUUCAGGGGCCAGAGUGAGUGGAGGAUUCCUGGCAAGAAACUGAGGGAGUUCUGGGGACCAUGGCAUGGCCAGUCUGAGGUGGACAGGUGUAGAAAGAUUUUUGUCUUAACUGUACGACCAGACACUUAGCCUGAUUCUAGGAUAGCACAGAGAGGGGUGAGCUGGUCUUAGGGUAGGGAGCAGAAGGAUCUCUGGUAGAUACACCCCCUCUAAUGAACACUCACAGGCAAGUUUGUGUGUCCCACUUUAUUGAACUGGCUACAGCUUGCAGCCUGAAGGAUGGAGAAGCUCAUGCUGCCUCUUGCACGUGGGAGGACCAAUAGUUCAGCAUUUUGUAGUCUAGGUUGCCAGCCACAUCAAUGAAAGCAAACUUUCGCAUCUGAUUCUCCUAAAAGUCAGCCCAAGAUGGGUAGGGUAUUGGCGAAGACGUCAAGUUGGUGGGGGUGGGAGCGGGGAGAGACCAGGUUCCUGGGCUCCAGCCCAGACACAGUAAAUUUCAGGCACUUGACUCCAUUCAGUCGGUUCCUGAUUCUUGGUUGACCUGUUCAGGGGUGGAAAGGGGCAGAGAACUAAGAACCCAGGCAAGGGAGGGGCUAGGGAUGUAUGCUAGGUGGGGUCAGAAGAGGGAUGGAAGGAGUAGGUAAGACCAAGAGGGGUUGGGGAAGGGGAGGGGCUACUGGGAGUCCUGUCCUGGUGAAGGUAAGGAAUGCAUGGUAUAGACAAGCUAGGACCUACACUUUAUUCCUGACUCCUAGUCUGCUGCCUCUAUUACUAAGCUAGCUAGUAGCAGAGUGGUGGUGUAUACUUUUGGGGGAAUGCUGCCCCUAGCUGCCCUCUGAUAUACUUGGGAUUGCAGAAGCCAUAGGGGUGGGGGUUGGGCGAACCUCAUUUGCAGUCAUCUUGUUAGCUUGGGACAUCAGUAGACCUUUGAUGCUGAGAGUGGAAAGAGACGGAUUAGCUGCUCUGAGGAAGAGUGGAAAGUUCCUACUGUGGCCCCUCUGUGGGGAGGCCUGAAGAUAGUCUGAUGUGUACCUCCUACCAACCUGUUGUCAAAACCCAGGUGCCUAAUGGUCCCUGGAGCCCAUGGUGACUCACAGCAGGUACCUGACGGAGUGUGCUACGUUUAAGUCAGCCAUCUAUGAAAGGGGCUUAAGACAGCAAUAGAUGGACAAUGCCUCCCUGGGUAAUAAAGGGCCAGAUAGCAGGAAUAACCCUUCUCUUAGUUAUUCCAAAUGACUCUGCUCUUAGGGUCUCAGGGUGGCUAUUUGAGGCCCUGGAAUUAAGAGUUCAAGAGGGCCUGGUGAGGUGGACUUGGGCCCAGGCAUGUCUCUUUUCAGAGUGGAUAUUCCCUAGCCCCUAAGCCAGACUCACUAUUCCUUGUGGAUGCUGCCCCUGCCAUCAAGGUUGAGCACUUUGAAGGCCUUUAGGAUGGUCUCUGAGAGUCCUAUCUUGUCCUAGGGCAUCCAGUGCUUAGUCUUGCUGUACCAUCUAAGGAAUCUUUCCUAUUCCUGGGCCGGAAGAACCUCUGUUGACCCACAUAGGUCGAUCUGGCUUCCAUUUGGGAACCAGGGCUCUGAUGGUGAGAGAGUCUACAGAGAGCUAGAUAGGCUGGUACAGCCCCUUUGGAUGUCAAUGUGGCGAUUUCUCAGAAAAUUAGGAAACAACCUUCCUCAAGACCCAGUAAUACCACUUUUGGGUGUAUAGCCAAAGGAUACUCAAUUGUGCCACAAGGACAUGUGCUCAACUAUGUUCAUAGCAGCAUUGUUUGUCAUAGCCAGAACCUGGAAACAACCUAAAUGCUCCUCGACCGAAGAAUGGAUAAGGAAAAUGUGGUGCAUUUACACAAUGGAGUACUACACAGCAGAAAAAAAUAAUGACAGCUUGAAUUUUGCAGGCAAAUGGAUAGAUCUAGAAAACAUCAUUUUGAGUGAGGUAACCCAGACCCAGAAAGACAAUUAUCAUGUGUACUCACUCAUAAGUGGUUUUAAAACAUAAAGCAAAGAAAUCCAGCCUACAAAUUAAUCCCAGAGAACCUAGACAACAAUGAGGAACCUAAGAAAGACAUACAUGGAUCUAAUCUACAUUAAUCUACAUGGGAAGUAGAAAAAGACAAGAUCUCCUGAGUAAAUUGGGAGCAUGGGGACCUUGGGAGAGGGUUGAAGGGGAGGGGAGAAGCAGGGAGGGGAGCAGAGAAAAAUGUAGAGCUCAAUAAAAAUAAUAAUUAAAAAAAGACAGUGUCUUUUGGCCCAAGUGUGGGGGAUACAGGCUGGAGUCAAUCUAAGGACACCGUCUUCUGUGGAGGAAGGAGAAAGUUGAGGACUGUUUCUGUUCUCAAAUAUAGGGAAGGAACCCCCAUUCCAGGUAAAAUAUAACUGCCUUUCCCAGCUUCUGAGGUAGGACACAAGGCUCUUGCGCCCCGCCUCAGGAAUGUCCAUGGCAGGCCACUGAGACAGAGAGGGCUAAUUGCCAGCUGAAGUGACUUGAAGGUGAGGGAAGAGCUGGCAUCUGGCUCUGAGAUAUGAGUAGGCCGACCCGUACACACUCUUCCAAGCCCACAGGGUGAGCCUAGGGGUAAUGUGGAGGGGUGGGGAUGCAACGGGGCACUGGGUUGCCUCUCCAGUUCCUGCCUCAAAUCCAUUCCAGUUUUCUAACCAUCCUGAACACCCUCUGCCAGCUUUAAACAAACCAGAGUCUUGAGGAGCUAUUCUGAGACCCCCGAGAGCAAAGUCCUUUAGUAUAACUAAAGGAAACUAAACAAACCUACAGGUGGCCAUAAUACCCCCAAAAUAUGAGCGUGUGUCAGCAUUUAGGGACAAUGUCCUUGCUAUACUUGAGGAUAAGAUCACACCUACUCAAGGAAGUGUAAGUAUCCUAUAGGUCCUCUUUGUCAAUGAAGCUAUCGCUGUUCUUAUCCAUGAGCGUGAGGACCUAGGAGUCGAUGCCAGGCUUAUUGCACUGCUGGUGUCCCAGCUUUGCCCCAGCUCCUACCUUUAUUCCCACACCUGGCUCUGUUCCACCAUAGGGACAUACACUCUGAGGCCACGUGUCCCCCUAUACCAACUGUAUGAGGGGCUCCCAGGGAGCAAAGGCAGACUCACCUCCUAGAACUUCCAGAACUUGGGUCUGCUCAGAGUUAGAGAAGAUAUUGGAGGGUGCUCUCUGGGUAUGCAGUGCCAUUUUCCUUGGUAUUCCUGCUGGCGUGAGAGGCAGGAACGCCAAGGAUGAGGGCUUUGAAGCAACUGGGGGAACACUCAGGGACAACCCACGGUUUGGGAGACUUAACUCACACAAUGGGGGAACUGUGGCACUGGAGGGUUCAGUCAGUCCACUGUGUCCAGUCCUAGAGGGCUCUGGGUAAAUGGACUCCAAGGAUGGACUCAUGCAUCCCAUGCUCAUACCCUCCCUCAUUCUGUCCAGUUUGUUACCAUGGCAACCGUGGGGCAUGUACCUCUACACCCACACCAUUGUGUAUGUUCACAUGAGCGCACACUUAAAGACACCCAUGUAUAAGUGAAUGUGUGUAUACACGCUUGGAUGCUCCUGCCCUGCACCUCCCUGGCUGCCUGCUCAUCAUGCCUGAGUCUUUCCUGCCCAGGAUCCAGCUUUUUGCUUGUCCUAAGAUGCUGUCUGUCCCCCUAGGAUAGCGCAGACUUUGGUUACCACUUCCUACAAGGACAGGCUGAGGACUGCCAUCCCAGGGAACUGGACAGCUGCAGAGUAAGCCUAGGUAGCCUGGUGGUUACUCAGAUACCCCGAAUCUCGGCCUAGGCACCAGGAGGUUUUUAUUCUGCCAAGAAUGCUACAUUUUCAUGGCCUUGUGCCAAAUUAUUGGCCAAAGGCUGGGGGUCUGAGUCGUCCUAGGCAACUGGAUGCUGCAGAAACUAUAGGUACUGAGGAUAGAGUGCUAUCUGUUCAAGAUCAGCAGAGGUGCUGAAAGGCUCUGGCCCAAUAAUCUGAUAGCUGGGCAAUCCUACCCUGGUACAUUUAUAAGCUGUGACAUCUUCCAUACUGUGCAUUGUCAGAGGUCCUGUCCUGCCCCCAGGGUCAUAGCCUCAGUCACAGAAUUGCCUUCCCAGAUGCUACCUCAGACCUCCAGGGGGAAUUGCCAGGGGUGGGAGUUUGUUCAGGAAUGGGAAUGGUAGCUGAGAGUGAAGGGCCUCGAUUGGGUUUAGCUCAGCUGCAGGAGUGGUAAGCUCUAAAUUUGAGAGGGCCCCCAGACCCCAGGGAGGAUCUUGGCUCAACCUGAGCACAGCACUAAAGAUAGCAUGUUGGGAAUAUUUAGAUUCUGCACACAGCUGUCUUCAACAGGUGCAGAAUUGUCCCAGUGGUGUCCUGAGCUGUGCGGAACCUUAACCACUUACGCUGUCCCCACAAAUGAUCCUGAGCCAAAGCAGAUGCCAAGCCAGUCAUCUGCAUGCUGUGCCAGUGUGGGUGUCAGGUGCUUCUUCUGCCCCUACUCCUGCAGGUAGCUUCUGUGCACUCACCCCUCAGCCACACACCCCGUGGGCCCCAGAGACAGCUUCAGAUCUGGAAGCCUGAGCUGCUCAGGAGUCUGAGUUUAGGUCUAGUGAGGGAAACCUGUUUGGUCACCUAAGGUUAUCUAACCAGUUGCUUAAGAGCAGGAAAGGGAGGGGGCUCAGUAUGCAGAUGGCUGUGAGGGGUGAGGAGGUUUAUUUGGUGCCUUGUAGGUCAGCGUGCCUUUGCAGCUUCCUCAGGGAGCAAUGGUUCAGAAGGCAGGAGUCUGCCUGUCUCAGGCAGGCUUGGGUAGGGAUGGGGGUGGGGAGCCAAAGAUCAGACUUAUCAAGGGCGAGAAAAGACGUGGCGCACCUGUGGCAUAUGGUCUGGGUAUUUCUGUUCCCAGCUCAGGGAACUUUCUAGGAUUCCAACAGAGGAGGCUCAGGGACUUGGACUCCAGACCAAAUGCAGGCACAGUUCCAGGCCUUAGGGCAGGGGUUCCUCUUCUGACUGCCAGGAUAGCCCCUCCACUCUCUGCAAGGAUUCCUCCCUUCAGGAUAGCUGAGCGCCUAUUAUGCGCUCUGAGGUUUCUCAUUGCUACAUUUUAUCGACUUUAUAUUCACAGUUACAUUCUCUUUACAAAUAGAGACUAAAUGAGGAGUCAGGAGAAGGUACCCUAUCCCUGUGGACUGUGUGCUCUUCCAAGCCCUGAUGCAAUGUAAAACUGAGGAGGCUGACUCAAUGACAACCUUAGGGAGACGUCAAGUCACUGCUGGGCAUUGGGGUAAAGCCAGCCAAUGGAUGGUUACAACCUCGCCAUGCCUGACUUCCACAGAGACUGCAUGCCAAUGGCGGACACAGCUGGUAAGGAGCUUGUCUGAUGUUUGCCCCAUGGCAGGACAGCUUCAAUCUAGGCCAGUGCCUCUCAACCUUUCUAUUGCUGCGACCCUUUAAUAAUCCCCCAACCACAAAAUUAUUUUCAUUGCUACUUCAUAACUGUGAUGUUGCUACUGUUAUGAAUCGAAAUGUAGCCAGCAUGCCUUUAAUCCCAGCACUUGGGAAGCAGAGGCAGGCUGAUCUCUAUGAGUUUGAGGCCAGCCUGGUCUACAAGAGCUAGUUCCAGGACAGACUCCAGCUACAGAGAAAUCCUGUCUUGAAAAAACAAACAAACAAACAAACAAACAAAACGAAUCAUAAUGUAAAUAUUUUUGGAGCUAGAGGCUUGUCAAAGGGAUCGUGACCCACAGAUUGAGAACUGUUGGUCUAGGUGGACACAGUUACUAAAGAG